GAAGGGAACGCACGAGUCGCAAGUGUCGCGCGGUCUCUCAGUGAGAGUCAUAUGUCAGCUCAUUUCUUGGUGUUGUGCCAAGAUAGAACUAGUCAGUAGUAAAGAGAAUAAACUAAAUAUUAACAUACAAGUUUGAGGUGUGUUUAUAAGGAGUGACAGUGUUUAUAAAAGGUUAAUUAUUAUAUAUAUAUUUCCAAUGUGAAUUCGAAAGCCGGCUCUUUCUGUGUUGGAUGUGUGAUAUGUGUCCUUUUAAUAUAUGUCAUUAGUGUUAUAAAUAAAAUACGUGAAAUAGUGAUAGAAGGGAAAGAGACCUUGGCAACAAAGCACGUAUGUAUUGAAAUUCGUGAACACAGGAAUAAAUCAGUUAAAGAAGUCAUAAUAAAUGCAUAAUCGCAACACAAUCUUGCAGAGGGAGGAAUUAAGCUAACCUGAGAGAAAAGUUAUCGGUUGUAAGAUAAGUUCGCCUGCCUUUCCGUUUCUGUGCGAAGCGAAAACCUCAGAUGUCAAGGGAAAGGCCCCGCAACCGGGCUCUGAGACUUAGCAUGUGCUCCCUCCUGUGGUGAGUGUGAGAACCAACGUCCGAGUGUGACAGCCAGGGUCUCUUGUUUCUGCACCUGCCUUGAAAUCGGGAAAAAAAGGGAUUUCUUCUGCCUUGGUAGCGCCGCCUCCGAGAUGUCCCGGGCCGGUCUGAGGGUGGUGCUGCCUCCACACCUGGCGAGAGGGCCUUCCCCGACCCCCGAGGCGAGGCACCGCCUUCAGGUAAGCGGCGAGGUACCUGUAGGAAGCGCAGGAGGAGGGGGAAGCUCAGCCGGAGGAGAUGGAGGGUCCACCAACCUCUGGGGUGAGGAGGAGAGUGACCUCAUCAGGUCAUGCGCCGCCCUCAGCUCCGCCCUAGGAGUCCACAAAAGCUUCAGUACUUCUGAUAUCAGUGGCGUUGGUGCCACUAGUACCGAAGGAGACCUGAACCGCACUUGGGUUAGCGAGGUGAAUGUGUGCAGCGGCGGCGCGCGGCUCGACGGUGUCCUCCUGCCGCGCCUCGACCCGACGUCCCGCUCGUGCUCGACGUGGGUGGCGGUGGGCGACGUCGCCUCCACCUCGCAGCUGCCGUCCCCGCAGGCGAGACCGGGGUCCCUCGAGAGCCCCGCCAUCACCGCCGCCGACUUCAUCCGCUCCGUCAACAAGAAGGUGCGGCAAAAUUACAUCAAACGGCGCCUGGUGACCACGUACCGCGCCCUGCAGAGGUUCUCGCAGUCCGAACUCAACUUGGAAGCCGGAGGCGGACCGACCACGGGGGGCGUCAAGGUUGAUGGUGGAGGCGUGACUCUGGUGGUGCCCCCAAGGCAACAGGCCGCACACGACGUCUUCAGGAUCAUUAAGAAGGAAGUCGAACUCCCAACCCCCGCCCACUCCGCCUCCGCCCACAACAAGAACCUGAGCCUCACCGCCCGCGAUGUGGAGAGGGAUCGCGGGCGCCCUCUCACGAAAUACGAGAGAAAUAUGAUGAUUUUCAACUGGCUCCAGACUCUCGAGGAGACCGCCUACGAGAUGAUGUCGUGAAGGAGGAGGAAGAGGGGGUGGGAGGAGAUGGAACAAGAAGAGGAAGAGGAGAGAGAAGAAGAGAAUUACGACAUGGUGUACUAAAAGUGGUGAAAGAGGAAGAUUUGAAUAUGCAUACGAGAUAAGUCAAAAAUAAAAGAUAUGUAAUAAGCGAAAAGAAUGGGAAAGAAAAUAUGAUAAUACAGAGAAUGAUGGAGUAUGUGUGCUCAUGCUAAAAUAUCCAAUUAUAUACGAGUAUUCGUUUAUGUGUACAUGGAUGAGUGUAAGGAUGUGUGUUGGUAUAUUCCAAUGCGUGCGUUCGAUCGUGUGACUUAUUAAACAAAGAUGUGAUUCAAGGGCAGCCGAAACGCGCCAUUAGGAAAGAA